GGACGGUCGCUCUGUGAACAACAGCCUCCCUUUCCCAAAUGAGGGCUCAGUUUUUUUUUUUUGAGACGACGAAUGCAACUCCCGUAUAGCUAACAGAUGGCAUGUUUUUGCGGGAUUUCCUGCUUCGUCUCAGCGGUGUCGUCCCAACCGUCGCUACGAUGCACGUGGCCGUCAAGGACUGCUUUGCUCUCUUUGUCUACUCCUUCACAUUCGUGCUGGGCCUUCCCGCCAACUUGCUUGUUCUGUCCGUGUACGUCCGCAAAACCCGCAAGCGCGGCGCCACGCCCAACGUGGUCUACGCCCUCAACCUCUGCGUGGCCAACCUGGUUCUGGUGGCCUGGUUGCCCGUCAAGGCUUUGGAGACCUUGCUUCAAGAUUGGCGGCUCCCGGCUUCCGUGUGCCCAGUUUAUAGCUUCUUCCUUUUCUCGUCGCUCUACGGAAGCUGCCUGUUCAUCACGGCCGUGACGAUGGGACGCUAUCUCAGUAUCGCCUUCCCUCUCGUCUACAAGCGCUACCGCCGGGCUCGUAUCUCGUGCUUCAUUAGCGCGGUCUUGUGGGCUUUGGUACUGCUUCACCUUGGCGUCGGCCUCGUGGCCGAAGGCGGCGCCAACUUCGUCUCCGUCAAGGACGAGGCUUUGGCGUGCUACGACUAUUUCGACGCCUCCCAACUGGCCGUGCUGCUGCCCCUCCGUCUAGAGAUGGCCGUGGUCCUCUUCCUCCUGCCUCUGACGGCGUCGUCCUUCUGCACGCUGCGGUGCGUCACCCUGGUUUGGCGCUCCAACUUACGGCCCGCGGGGAAAAAGCGAGUCCUCGCUGUGGCGCUGUCCACGCUGGCUGUCUUCGUGGUGUGCUACGCUCCUUACAACGCGUCGCACGUGGUGGGGUUUGUGUCGGGGGAAAACGUCGAAUGGAGAACGUACGCCAUGCUGACAAGCUCCUGUAAUGUUUUCCUGGAGCCCAUCGUCAUGCUGAUGCUGUUGCCGGCCGCAUCGAAGGGGGUGGUGGGAAGAAUUUGUGCCGGGCGAAGCAGAUUCAGUCGUACCGAGGGAUUUCGACAACACUGCACCGCUCCAAAUACUGUGGCUAAUGUCAGGUCGCCAGCUACAAUAACCGAGGGGAGCCAAGCUGGGGCGGACGUGGGGUGA